UUUUAGUCUACGCUUUAGGGCUUUUCUGCAUACGCCUUAGCCGAUUUGCGCUGCUACUUCAAUUUUAAAACCCUCCGCUGCGUCGCUGCGCUGUAAAUAGUAGAGUGAGAUUUCCAUAAAAAACAGUUAGCAGAACAACAGAGUGGUUCUGGCUUAACAAACUGUUCGUGCACUUAUUGUCUGUAUUUUUGUUGUGUCAAAGUUAAAUUCGCAGCGUGGAUAAAAGGCGUAAAGAACUAAUAGAAAUUUAACGCAUCAGUGCGGUUCCCUAACUGUUUCCUCCGGCUCUUCUGCCUGUUCUUGCUGCGCUGGCUGCGUGCGCAGAAUUUGUGAAAAGAGAAAGUUGGGCGCCGAUUGCUGCUGCUGCUUCCCGCUCCACUCCCGCCGCUGAAACAGUCACAUUCAACUGCGCGUGCGCAACGACACUCUUCACGAAGAAAUUGGUGAUUAUUCCUUCUAGUACUCCGAGUGCACAUCCGAAGAUGGGAACCAAGCAGACUGUGUCGCCGAAGUUCGGUGGCACUGUAAAGGCAAAGGCCAAAUCGACCACCAGCGACAGUCCCCCGCCCUCGCCCACAGACAAAUCGCUCAUCAAGAGCAAGCCAAAUAGACGCAUGUCGACGAACCGCGAAUCUUCCACGGAGGCCAACACCCUGCCUGCCCAGAAGUCAGUGGUAGUCGCUUACGUUCUCUGGCUGUUUGGCGGUAUCUUCGGUCUGCAUCAUCUCUACUUGCACCGCGAUCGUCACGCCUUUAUUUGGGCAUGCACGCUGGGCGGCUACAUGGGCAUUGGCUGGAUUGGUGAACUCUUCCUGAUACCCGAGUACGUGCGGGAUGCCAACGAAGACCCGCGAUUCGUCAAGGCGUUCGUGGCCAAGCUGCAGGCCUUUCAGCGGCCUCCGUACUCCUCCAAGCGCUUCGUGGGCCAGGUGAUGAUCGGUCAUUUAUUUGGUCAGCUGUUCGCGAUGGCCAUACCGCAGACAGUUGUAGCUGGUUUCGACCUAUCCUUCCUGCACUGGGCCAUUCCCAUCUUCGUGUCCCAGGGAAUCUGGCUGGUUGGGAACAUUGGCCGCGAGCAGGGCGUUUGGUGGCACUGUCUCCUGGCCGCUUAUUUGGCUUACCCAGCGCGGUACUUCAUCUACGACGAGACAUACUCACUGCUGCUGACGGGACUGGUGUCCGCCCUCACCUUUGACGGCAUCUCAAAGCAAUGGCGCCGAACUCCACCACGUCGGGGACGACCAGUGGAGCGAUCCCUGAAGCUGACGGGAGCCAUUUUGAUCUACUGCACCUUUUGGGGCAGCUUCGUCUACUUCAACGGAACCAUUGCGGACGAGGAUGGCGGCGAGGUGCCAAUACACGAGGCCCUUCACAACUUUCUCGCCUCCGCCUGGUGGACGGACCUCAAGCAGGCCCUGCACGACACCUACAUCUACGCACAGCAUCACGGCUGGUACGAGACCUGGAAGGAGGUAUUUGAGAGCAUGGAUGUGGACGGCGAGCGGAACUCCUACAAAGUGCUGGGCGUUAGUGCCACUGCGUCGCAGGCCGAGAUCACGGCGGCUUACCGCAGGUUGUCCAAGGAGUAUCACCCUGAUAAGGUCAAGGACGAGGCGCUGCGCAACGAGGCCCACCAGCGCUUCAUCGAGAUCCAGCAGGCCUAUAACGUGCUCAGCAAGAUCAAGUCAAACCGCCGGCGAAAGAACAAGCAGUUCCAGGAAGACGAUGCAAUUGUUCUCUAGGAAACAGCUCGAAAAAGUCGCACCCUAAGGGGGCUUUAGUCUCUAAGUUAGCCCACAUCUUACGUAAAUAUUUCUUUCGAAUUAGGUGGAAACUAAUGUUAUCUUUAGCAGUUAUUCAGCAACCGCUUACGUGGAUCCAGAUAAGGUGGAUUGCCUUUUUCUGGUUCAAAGCGUGACUUAUUUACGCCGCAGCCCGUGGCCCCGCCCAAAUUGGUAGAUCACGACGACAAUGAGGUUUUUCUCAACCAUUAGUUUCAUAUUCAUUUAUUUAUUUUAUAUAUUUUACAUAAUAUAAUGAACUACUUAACAAUCUAGGCAAAAAAAAAGAAAAUAUUUAGUAUAAUUUUUUUUUUUUAAUUUGUUGUAAACAAUGUUUUUGUGUGUGUAAAUUUUUGCACUAAUAUAUAGUUGAAACGUUUCAAUAAACGAAAAAGUAUAUAUGUAUGUAUGUAUUUUCAUAUGCGUGUGUGAUCGCUCAUAUUUGAA